AUUUAUCAAAGAGAUAAAGCUUUCAGAGCAUUCCAUAGCCAUAGAGUUGAAUAUAGUUCAGAAAGAGCCCCAUUCCAACCACCGUCUUUCCUGCUUAGUUCAAAGCUUACAUAUAGUUGUAGAAAAUGGCUGCCUCUUUUGCCAUGCAAUCAACCGUAGCAAGCUCCUUGACAUGCAGACAGAGCAUGAAGAAGACCAUGAACCACUACUAUCCAGCACAAUUACAAAGAUCUUCCUCCAUGAAAGUACGUUGCAUGGUUGAAGAUAAUAAGAAAAACUCUGUUUCAUCUUCAUCUCCACCACCGCAACCACAACCACUCUCUACUCCUCCUCCUCCUCCUAAACCCAAGGUGAGCACCAAGUUCUCUGACUUGUUGGCUUUCAGCGGACCGGCACCGGAGAGGAUCAACGGCAGGUUGGCCAUGAUAGGAUUCGUGGCGGCGUUGGCCGUGGAAUUGUCGAACGGUCAGGAUUUGUUUGAUCAAAUAGGCAACGGUGGGAUCCCUUGGUUUAUCGGGACAAGUGUCGUGCUUUCAUUGGCUUCUUUGAUCCCACUGUUCAAAGGGGUUAGCGUUGAGUCAAAGUCCGAGGGGAUAAUGACCUCUGAUGCUGAGCUGUGGAAUGGGAGGUUUGCCAUGUUGGGUCUGAUUGCACUGGCUUUUACUGAGUACGUUAAGGGUGGGACCCUUGUUUAGGCCUGUUCUGCUAUUUUUUCUUUUGUUGUAUUUGUAACUAAUUUUGGAAUUUUGUGUUCGUGGGCUUUACUUUAAUCGAUGAUAUGUAAUAGUUUAAUUUACUCAUUUCAAUUACCAGUCAUAAAUUACAAGUUAUACCUACAUUAAUUACUAUGA